GAGAGGUUGGAAUCAUAGUAACUCGUGAGAUUCUCGCUGUGUAAGAGGAGCAGAACAGUAUUCUUAAUAGCCCUUCUAACCCCAAAGUUCUAAAAUCUCACUGAUUCACCAUUUUAUGCCAGUUUUCGAGCAAUUUUUUGUCGAAAUUUGAGAACUGGGCUUUUGUGGGUCUCUCUCAUUCUUGAAUAAUAGGCGAGCUGGAUUAUAUCAUUUUGGACUCUCGAAGUUGUAAAUCGUAGAUGGGGUUUCAUGUUUUUGUAGUGUUUUCUGUGUUUCGUGAAUAGUGUGUUGUGGAGUGGCAGAGUAGUUUUUAAUCAAGGAAUCGGUGUCUGUAGUUUUAGUUUGUAUUUGGGGAUUCUUCUGUUUGAACAAAAUACUGUGAAAGAAUGAAUCAUGGAAAAGGUAUAUAUGAAGUUCAGAUUUGAUUCAUGAAUUCGGGAUUUGAGUAUGUGUUGUGGCGCUCUAGAAAACUUGUGUAGCAUAGACUAGAAAUCACAUAUUGGAUCAAAGGCUUCAUAGUUAGUUUCUGUCCAAGGGUUUUGGCUUUGGGCCUAGCUAAGAGCAAGAUGCAGCGGGUUCGAAUUUCAUCCCACCAAGCGCCUGUGCACAAGCUGGGGGAUUCUCAAAUGACAUUAUCCCCAAAGUUCCGGCUAGCUGUAAUCCAAUCGUCUUUGCUAAAUCCUUCCCCAGAGCUUGAACUGUCCCUCAGGGGAGAACCCCUUAUUCCUGGCCUUCCAGAUGAUGUUGCUCUCAACUGUCUCCUCAGGCUUCCAGUCCAAAGCCAUGCCAUGUGCAGAGCUGUGUGUAGGCGGUGGCAUCUGUUGUUUAGUAGGCAACAGUUUUUCACCCGAAGAAAGGAAAUGGGAUUUAAAGUCCCAUGGAUAUUUGUUUUUGCCUUCCAUAAAUGCACUGGAAAGAUUCAGUGGCAGGUUCUUGACCUUACCCACUUCUCUUGGCACACUAUCCCUGCAAUGCCUUGUAAGGACAAGGUCUGCCUCCAUGGAGUUAGGUGUGUUUCGAUCCCCCAUGAUGGUGCGCUCUAUGUUUGUGGUGGUAUGGUAUCGGAUGUGGACUGUCCCCUUGAUUUGGUGUUGAAAUACGAAAUGCAGAAAAAUCGUUGGACCGUCAUGAACCAGAUGAUUACUGCUAGGUCAUCUUUUGCAAGUGGAGUGAUUGAUGGGAUGAUUUAUGUGGCAGGAGGAAACAGCUCGGAUCUCUUUGAGCUCAACUCUGCUGAAGUUCUGGACCCCAUUAAGGGGACUUGGCGCCCCAUUGCAAGUAUGGGAACAAAUAUGGCCUCCUAUGAUGCAGCAGUCCUCAAUGGGAAACUUCUUGUGACGGAAGGCUGGUUGUGGCCUUUCUAUGUCUCUCCCAGGGGUCAGGUUUAUGACCCACAAACCAAUAAUUGGGAAAAUAUGGCUGUUGGCCUGAAAGAAGGCUGGACUGGUUCAAGUGUUGUGAUUCAUGGGCAUUUGUUUGUUGUUUCAGAGCAUGAGAGAAUGAAAGUAAAGGUCUAUAACAUGGAUACUGAUUCUUGGGAAACAGUUGCAGGGCCGCCUUUACCAGAGCAGAUUUGCAGGCCUUUCUCUGUGAAUGCUUGUGACUGCAGGAUCUAUGUUGUGGGUCGGAAUCUUCAUGUUGCUGUUGGUCAUAUCAGGAGGCAGAAUCUAAAAGGCACUUAUGAACGGAAGUGGAACUUCUCUGUUCGAUGGCAUGUAAUUGAUGCACCAGAAGCCUUCUCUGACUUGACGCCCUCGAGUACUCAGCUCAUUGUUGACAUCAGGUUUUGUGGAUCUGCUUGGAAUGCCAAUAUUUGCACACAUAAGGUAAAGGGGAAAUGGAAACCAUGAAGAACUUAAAGCACAUUUCGUUUGGCGUAUUCCAUGAAGAGUUGAAGAGCAAGGAAGUGAAGACAUUCAUUUUUCUGUUGUAAAUGCAUUUAGAUUUGAUUGUAAUAUUGCAUGUCUUGCAUGAUAUGUUGAAAGCUCAAUGGACCAUAGACUGACCGUAGAAAGACCUUAGGACAUAAGAUUCUUUCAUGCAAAUUUUUUUUCAUAAAUGAUAAAAUCAUAUAAAGGUUUUGAAAUAGUUUUGAUGUCAAAAAGAGGCUAAAACUCAGUUUUUCAAAGUGCCUAGUUGACCGGCUUGUAAAGCCCUGUCGACCGACAAUAACACAUGGCCAGAAUUUCGAUUCUGUUAAGGCCUCAGUCGACCAACCCUUGAGGGCCUAAUUAGCCUCAGUCGACCAAUCUAAUGAUUUGGCAGACCGGAUCUUGAGCCCCAAUCGGCCGAACCUAGGUGAUUUGAAUUUUGCCUUGGCCUGGUUGAACGGAGCCACUACCAGUCGAUCGAACCUCUCGGGUUCAGGCAAUUUUGAGCUCCCAACAGUCGGAAAUUUCAAAAUAAAAUAUUAUUUUAUCCCUCCAACAGUCAGAUAACGAUCAUAAUUUGAAAAACACUAUAAAUACCUUGCCCAAUGCUUUUAAAAUGGUUGUUGAGCAUAUCAUCUUAUAUUCUACAUAUUUUUGGGCAUUUCGAUUUAAAAUCAAAGGGCAUUUUCUCUCUUCUAUUCUCCUCAUCUUGAAAAGUCAAUUUUUGAGAGAGAAAUCCUAAGUUCUCCUACUUCUUUCUUUGAAAACCUUUUUGGAGAAUCCAUUUUGUUGCAAGAAAAUAUUGAGCUUUAAAUUUCACUCAUCCUAUCAAAAAGUAAAGAGCAUUUUUACUCAUUAAUUCUUUCAUUUGAAAAUUAUUUCUUGAGAGCAAAAAUCAAAUUUCUCCUAACAUCAUUUAUUGCUAAAAUUUUGUGAGAGAAAUCAUUUAUUAUAUUUGAAUAUUUGAGCAUUUAUUUUCAGACACAUUUUACUUAAAGAUCAUCUUUCUUAUUAUUUGCAAAAAGGCUUUGAGAACUAAACCCUAGCUUCUUUUACAUACUUAUAUUGAAAAAUAUCUUUGGAGAAAUAUUUAUUAGGGUUGAAUCUUUGAAGUAUAUAUCAUAUACAUCUUAUUCAAAGAUUACAAAAAUAUUAUUGUGAAAAAUACACAUACUCUACUGAGCUUUACUUCAUAUCUUGUGAAAGUGUUUUAGACUUUAUGUUGUACAUCUCUGCUUAUCAUAGAAGCAUUUUAUUUGUACACAAAUUAAUUUUUAUCAUCUUUGUAUCCCUGCAGUUCAGGUAGUGAACCAUGUGUUAGGCGUAGGGUAAUGCUUGAAGAGGAGGGUUCCAUCUUGUAAGGAGUGUGCCAGGCGUGUGGUAUCGUCUAAAGAGGGAGACUCCACCCUAUAAGGAGAUUUGUAAAUGACUUUGCUCCACCUGGUUAAGUGAGUAGUAUAGUGGAAUCCUCAAGUGAGUCGCCUUGAAGCAAGGAUGUAGGCGGGUACAACUGAACCUCGUAAAAAUCUGCGUUUGUACUCUCUUUUUUCUCUACGCUAUUUACUUUCCACACUUGUAUGCCUAUAUUUAAUUUAAUUGUGAAUGUUAUAUUUGUUUUAAAUAUCCGCGUACUUGUUU